CUUUCCUCCGCGUAUGAAAUACACCAAGAAGAAGUGGAGCCCGCAUAGAGUUUGGCUACGGCAGGAAGUUGCGAGAGCAUGGCAAGAUUGUAGUACUUACAAUUAAUCGGUUGUCGACGUAACAAAUAUUUAUUGCACCCUACAUAACCAAAGCCACACUACACAUACAUCUCCUCUCACAUUAUCACAUACGUCUAUAUAUACAUACUAUAUUUCAUCAUAAAUCAACCAAAUCACAUUCCCAUUUUAUUUCUUACAUUAUUGUUAAGAGAUUGUGAGAUAAUUUCUUUAAUAAUAAUCUUAAUUAAUGGCAAAUGCUAGUGUAUUAUUAGUACUAUUCUUAGCCAUCAUUUGGGGUGAAUUUUCCGGUGAAGUGACAGCGUACACCCGUCCACCACCACGAGAAGCACUUUCGAAACCGUCAGACUAUUCUUAUGGCUCCACCACUCCUCAGCAGGUACAUAUCUCCAAGGUGGGAACAGACCAAAUGAGAAUAACAUGGAUCACUCGUGAUUCAGCUCCUUCUAAAGUAGACUAUGGUCUCUCAUCUGGUUCAUAUAAUGUUUCUGUUGAUGGUAGUGCUUCAACCUACAAGUAUCUUCUGUACAACUCCGGCCAAAUCCACGAGGCCGUCCUCGGCCCUCUCGAGCCUAAUACGGUCUACUAUUACCGUUGUAGCGAAGAUGCUUCUCGUGAGUUCAGUUUUAAGACUGCCCCUGCUCAAUUGCCCAUCAAUUUUGUUGUCAUAGGUGACUUUGGACAAACGGGAUGGACAGAAUCAACACUACAACACAUAUCACAAGCUAAGUAUGACAUGCUCCUAUUACCGGGAGACUUAUCUUAUGCAGACUUUUGGCAACCUUAUUGGGACUCAUUUGGGCGCCUAGUGGAACCCUUGGCUAGCCAAAGGCCUUGGAUGGUGACCCAAGGAAACCAUGAGGUUGAAAAGAUGCCGGUAGUCCAUAAAACUCCCUUCACUGCCUACAAUGCUCGAUGGCACAUGCCUUUCGAGGAGAGUGGCUCUACUUCAAACCUAUACUAUUCCUUUGAUGUUGCAAGUGAGGUUCAUGUCAUCAUGCUUGGGUCCUAUACCGACUUUGAUCAAGGCUCGAGCCAGUAUUCAUGGCUCGAGGGUGACUUGAAGAAGAUUGAUAGGAACAAGACACCGUGGGUUGUGGUGCUAUUUCAUGCACCUUGGUACAACACCAAUGAGGCUCACUCGGGUGAGUACGAAUCAGUGGCUAUGAAACAGGCCAUGGAGCAAUUACUUUACGAUGCUAGGGUUGAUGCUGCUUUUGCUGGCCAUGUACAUGCUUAUGAGCGCUUUACUCGUGUUUACAACGGAACAGCAAACAAGUGUGGUCCGGUGUACAUCACUAUAGGGGAUGGAGGCAAUCGCGAAGGCCUUGCCACAAAGUAUACCGAUCCAAAGCCAGACAUCUCCCUUUUCAGAGAAGCAAGUUUUGGGCAUGGACAAUUACAAGUUGUUAACUCAACCCAUGCUCAAUGGACAUGGCAUAGGAAUGAAGAUGACCAACCUAUAAUAUCCGAUUCAGUUUGGUUAACUAGCCUUAUUUCAGAUCCAGAUUGUAAACUUUAGGAAUUAGGUUAGGCUUUAAUUUAGACACAUUGAAAAUUUGCUACACAUUUAUUUUCUUUGUAUUUAUUUAACUUGUUAAAGUAAAUAUAGGAAGAUCGAUGACACCACAAACUUGGGAUUUAUCGCGUCACUUUUUCCUUAAUUGAAAGGGUAAUUUCGAUUAAACUAUUCGUUCAUUGCUUUUUACUCAAAAGAGCAUGAAAUAAAGGAAAUUACGAACUAAUAGGAAGGGAUAUGACACUUUCAUGCACGGGGAUUACUUAAUAGAAAAGAAAUUAUAAGUUUACAAGUAAUAAAACUAUGUUCGAAUAACGGUCGAUCAGUUAAGAAAUUUUCCUUAAGAUAAGAAUUCUGUUUUGUUUACAUUUUCUAUGUAAAAAAAUACUCGUAAAAAUAAAUAAAAAUGAACAAAUAACGUUAUAAAAUAACUAUCAAUUGACCAAUUCGUUCAAUCAAAUUGGAAAAAAAAAAUGCUCUCAUUUCCUUGUACCCUUAGUACUCCAUAUAAAAUUAAACUACUACUCAGCAUGAAAGCGGUAAU